AGAGAGAGAAAGAGAGAGAGAAAGGCCCCCUCCUCUUUUACCUAAAAUGUUUCUUCAUUCUAGAAUCCUUCUCAGGUUGUCCAGAUAUCCCUGCUGAGGUCUACUGAGCAAGAUCUUCCCAGAAGUCCUCCGUUUUUCCACGUGGAACUGUUCUUGCUCUUUCUUCAGAAAGCCUCUGCUAGUCUAUCUGUAUAGAAGUGCUAUAUAAACAGCACUUUCGAAUUGUAUUCUGUACUUCAAGCAUUACAUGUUGCCUUUCUUCAUAGAUUGAAAGCUUCAUGAGGGCAGGAAUUUGUACCUUUCCUGUUUCUGUGUAUCCACAUAGCACAUAAUGUUUAUUGGCCUAGAGUAAAUGUUGGUUGACUGAAUUAUUUUUGAGGCUGUCAGGAAUGAAUACUUGGGGAGAUAAGAAGAUGCCAAAGAUGAGCAUCUUACCAGAACUUUUGGAUGACUGGCCUUUUAAAUUGUUACUUAUCUGUCUGUUUUAUCAGUUAUUGAAUAAAAAUUGUUAAAGCUGUUUUUGGUUCUCUUUACCUCAGAUACUGUUUGUGAGGAAUGAUAGCUUGUCACAACAGCCCUGAAUUUGACAUUGGUUCUACUUCUCACCCUCUAGCAUGUGGAGACCUAUCUAUAUCUAUACCCAGCUGCUGAGUGUGGAGAAUAAAAACUAACUUCAUGUUGUCUGGUCCACAUUCUAGCUUGUUUGCUUUGAAGAAUUUUCUAGGUGAAGAAAUAGAUGCUUCAGGGUCUGAUUUCAGCGCAUGCUGUGCUAUGCAAAUGUUCUCUACAUGCCUGAGUGACCUUUUGAGAAAGAGCCUUUGUGAUCUUCUGUAGCCAGGGCCUGUUCUGGGAAUAGUGUGCCAGAUUCCUCUGAAAUGGGAAAAGUGAAUCUGGUUAAAGAUCACGUUAAAAAAGCCAAUGCUUUUCCUGGGUAAAUAUUGUUUCCCUGGAACCUGGGCUCCCCAGACGCCGCGCUGGAGCAGAUGGAUAAUGGAGACUGGGGCUAUAUGAUGACUGACCCAGUCACGUUAAAUGUAGGUGGACACUUAUACACAACGUCCCUCACCACAUUGACGCGAUACCCAGAUUCCAUGCUCGGAGCUAUGUUUGGGGGGGACUUCCCCACAGCUCGAGACCCUCAAGGCAAUUACUUCAUUGAUCGAGAUGGACCUCUUUUCAGAUAUGUCCUCAACUUCUUAAGAACUUCAGAAUUGACCUUACCCCUGGAUUUUAAGGAAUUUGAUCUGCUUCGGAAGGAAGCAGAUUUUUAUCAAAUUGAGCCCUUGAUCCAGUGUCUCAAUGACCCUAAGCCUUUGUAUCCUAUGGAUACUUUUGAAGAAGUUGUGGAGCUAUCUAGUACCCGGAAGCUUUCUAAGUACUCCAAUCCAGUAGCUGUCAUCAUAACCCAAUUAACCAUCACCACCAAGGUCCAUUCCUUACUUGAAGGUAUCUCAAACUAUUUUACCAAGUGGAAUAAGCACAUGAUGGACACCAGAGACUGCCAGGUUUCCUUCACUUUUGGACCCUGUGAUUACCACCAGGAAGUUUCUCUGCGGGUCCACCUGAUGGAAUAUAUCACAAAACAAGGCUUCACGAUCCGCAACACCCGAGUGCAUCACAUGAGUGAGCGGGCCAAUGAGAACACAGUGGAGCACAACUGGACUUUCUGUAGGUUGGCCCGGAAGACAGAUGAUUGAUCUCUAACCCUGGGAAAAAUUUCUGGAAACUGACUCUCCAAUAGAUGGAAAAGACUGAUUUUUUUUUUUAAUCACAGUGUGGGAUUUUUUAAAAAAAAUUUUUGUAUUUAUUUGCAGGCAUUGAAGACCAGAAGGAAGUUUUGUGCUUUAGCAGAAUCCUCUAUGUUUUGUUCACUUUGCCCUGAGUAUGCAUGUGCCUGUUCAGAGCCUCCAGAUACCUUUUUUAUAAAAAGAAGUCUGAAAUUAUUAUGGUAUAUAAUCUACCCUUAACAGAGCUUUUUUUUUUAUUACAGUGCUAAAAUGAUUUCUGAUUAAAUAGUCCCUGGCUCAACUCGAAGACUAAAAAAUGCAGAGAUGAAAGAAUAAACAGAGUAUGCAUGAUGCUUUUGACAAAAAUCAAAACAUCAUGCAGGGUGACCUAGUUUCCAGACCAAUAAGUUGUAUCGUAAUAUUAAAGGAAAACUGUUCUAAUCGUUUAAAAGUACUUGUUAAGUACUGCUUUUUACAGUUAUGACAACUGUUUCUUUCUAUGCAUAUAAAUCAAGCAACCAAAUAUCUGUAGCCAUGGAAAUGUCUGACUAGAAAUAUUUAUAUUGGAUUCUGAAUACAAAAUGUCCCUGUGGUAGAAAUCUUAACUUCUUGUGCCUGGUGCAGUACUAAUUCCCAAGUGUACUGUCUACCAGGAAAAAAAAAGAACUAAUAAAAAGCGAAAUAGAAAAA